CAUUUGGCCACACCUACCUGUCACCGAUGACUGUCACUUACACGGGCAAAGUAGCAAACGCCCGCUUCUGUGGCUUCUCCAAGCUGCUUUUAGCUUGGAAAGGGAGCAUCUACAAGGUGCUGUAUAAAGAGUUCUUGGCGUUCUUCGCCAUGUACGCCACCAUCAGCAUCACGUACAGAUUUUUCCUUGAUGAUGAUCAGAAGAGGUAUUUUGAGAAGGUGGCCAUUUAUUGCAACCACUAUGCCGGCCUCAUCCCCAUGUCCUUUGUGCUGGGUUUCUACGUGACCCUGGUGGUGAACCGAUGGUGGAGCCAGUACACCAGCAUCCCGCUUCCUGAUGCGCUCAUGUGCAUCCUUUCGGGGGGGAUCCAAGGAAGCGAUGAGCGAGGCCGCCUGCUCAGACGCUCCAUGAUGCGCUACAUCAGUCUGUCGUCCUUACUCAUCCUCCGCUCUGUCAGCACAGCCGUCUUCAAACGCUUUCCCACCAUCGACCACGUGGUGGAAGCUGGCUUCAUGACCAGAGAGGAGCGGAAGAAGUUUGAAGGACUCCGCUCUCCAUUUAACAAAUACUGGAUCCCCUGUGUCUGGUUCACCAACCUGGCCGCUGCAGCUCGAUGUGAAGGGCGGAUCAAAGAUGAUAACACACUCAAGCUGCUGCUGGAGGAACUGAACGUGUUCAGAGGAAAGUGCAGCAUGUUGUUUCAUUAUGACAUGAUCAGCGUGCCUCUGGUCUACACACAGGUGGUGACUUUGGCCGUUUACACUUUCUUUCUGGUCUGUAUAAUCGGUCGUCAGUUCCUGGACCCCACUCAAGGCUACCCGGGUCACGACCUUGACCUGUAUGUGCCGAUCUUCACACUGCUGCAGUUCUUCUUUUACGCUGGCUGGCUGAAGGUUGCCGAGCAGCUAAUUAACCCCUUCGGAGAAGAUGAUGAUGACUUUGAGACCAACUGGCUGAUUGACAGAAAUUUCCAGGUGUCCAUGAUGGCGGUGGAUGAGAUGUACGGCGAGUUGCCUGUGAUGGAAAGGGACCGCUACUGGAACGACUCCAACCCCCGGCCGCCCUACACCGCCGCCACCCUCUUUGUCCUCCGCAAACCCUCCUUCCAGGGGUCGACCUUUGACAUGAUGAUUCCUAAGGAGGACAUGCACUUCCAGCCUCUGGAGGACAUCGCUGAGAAUCUGGAGGAGUCUGGACACCAUCAGCCCAACAUGGCUCUGUUGAACCCCUUCCUGAGUGCGGCCCCCUCCCCCACUGGUCUCAUGGAAGGGGCUCUUCGCCUCACCUCAGCCCAGCAUCAGAAGCUAAGCCGCUCCCCCAGCACUGACCUUUCGACCAGCGAUGAUGAUGACAACAAUGAAAGUGUCCGUCUGUGUAGAGGGGGUUCCCCGCCACCAGAACGAGGCCAGAACCCCCCGAGCACUUUGUGCAGCUUCAGUGAGGAGACAACGUCUGGGGCGGGGCAGACGAGGCGAGGAGGACACCCUGCUGUCAGCCAGGGGAAAGAGACGAGGGGAGAUAGAGGAGCAGAGACGAAGAGUGAAGAAGUGUGGCAGAUGACAGAGGAAGGUGCGACACCAGAGUCGCUUCCUCCUCCUCCUCCUCCCACCAGAGAGAACUCCACCCGACCCACCUCCGCCGUGUUCAUCACGUCCCUUCAACCCGCUGCUCUGUCCAGCCUGGAGCUCUGCAGCUCCCAGAGCGGAGCCGUGGUCGCCCGUCCAAAGCCUCCCGUUAACGGAAAGAAGGCACUCAAUCUCACCGUUCAGUCCUCCAGCAGACUGCAGCGUUUUCGGAGUGUAAGCAUGGGAUCAGAGCUCACUGGGUCCAAACUGGAAACAAACACAUGACUCAAGACAGUUACAGGUUAAAAAACAAAACAAAACAAAAAACAAAGUCCAACUUUUGGGUCUUCAUAA